GAAUACUGUGUCCUAUUCUGGGCACCACAAUUGAAGAAGGAUGUUGACCAGGAUGAUCAAGGGCCUGGAAACUAAGCCUUAUGAGGAGCGCUUGAAGGAGCUGGCAGAUAACAGAUGCGGGUAAAAGAUCCAUCAAGGGCUAUCCCUGUCAAAAGCAAGACACACACAAAGACAAAUCAGCAUCAAGAUGAUGAUUCUUCAGAUGAUAUCACAGGUCUGACAUGCCAGCAUGUAAGCCAGGCAGUGGAUGUGCAUAAUGUGAAGAGAGCAGUAGCUCAGAAUGUCUGGUCAAUAUGUUCAGAGUGCUUAAAAGAAAGAAGAAUAUGUGAUGGUGAGCCAGUAAUGCCUUCUGACAUAUGGCUGUGCCUCAAAUGUGGUACUCAGGGCUGCAGUCAAAACUCAGAAGGCCAGCAUUCGCUUAAGCAUUUCCAGAAUGCACUAGAAGAGCCUCAUUGCAUUGUAAUCAACCUCAGCACAUGGAUUGUAUGGUGUUAUGAAUGUAAUGAAGAGCUAUCAACACACUGCAACAAGAAGGCUUUGGCGCAGAUAGUCGACUUCCUCCAAAGACAUGUUACUAGAAAUGAAUCAAGUUCAUCAUCAAAAAUUAUAUGGUUACAUGGAGAAAACAAUGAAGCAAGUGACAUAUUAAAGGGCAAAGGCAUCAGCUCUAGUUGGGCAUCAGUUCCGGUUAAAGGCAUUAAUAACCUAGGGAACACAUGCUUCUUUAAUGCUGUCAUGCAGAACAUGGCACAGACACACUUGUUAAAUGAACUAAUGUGUGAAGUUAAAGAAAAGGGGACAAAGCUUAAAAUUGGUCAGAGUCCUGCAUCUCAACUGGAACCUUUGGUAGUGAACCUUUCAAGUCCUGGGCCACUGACUUCAGCUAUGUUCCUGUUCCUUCACAGCAUGAAAGAAACUGGAAAAGGGCCUCUUUCUCCCAAAGUUCUUUUCAGCCAGCUCUGUCAAAAGGCUCCUCGCUUUAAGGGAUUUCAACAGCAGGACAGCCAAGAAGUUCUCCACUAUUUGCUAGAUGCAAUGAGAAUAGAAGAGACAAAGCGCAUACAAGCUGCAAUCUUAAAAGCAUUCAAUAAUCCAACAACUAAAACUGCAGACGAAGAGACAAAAAGGAAAGUCAAAGCAUAUGGAAGAGAGGGUGUGAAGAUGAACUUCAUAGAUAGGAUCUUUGUUGGUGAAUUGACUAGCACUAUCAUGUGUGAGGAAUGUGAAAAUAUUUCCACAGUAAAGGAACCUUUCAUUGAUCUUUCACUUCCUAUAAUAGAAGAGAGGAUCUCAAAACCUGUUCCUUUUGGGAGGACAAGCAGAGGUAAACAUAUCCAAGAAGCAGAUGUUGAGUACAACUGUUCUUCUGUUACUGCUCUGAAUAAUCAACAAUCUAAAUUGUCUAGAAAACAUUUGUUAACAAAAGAUAAGAACCAAGAAAAUCAUGAAAGAAGAUUUGCCAAAAAAUCCUCCUCUGCUGAAGAAGAUACAAGACAUUUUAUCAUGCACAAAAAAGUCAGAAACACUAAAGGUGAAGGCAGAUCUGCUGUUCCAUAUACAGGAGACAGCAGUUCGGUAAUGGAAUCUGCAGCAAAUGGAAGUCAGACGGAAGGCAGUGAAAAAGAAGCAAGUCAUUCUGAAAGUAGCAUUGGGGCAGACAGUGAGGCCUCUGAAAGUGAAAGUCAUUCUAAGCAAACUGCUUCCAGCAGAGCUUGUAGCACACCUGGCUUGUGCACUGAUGAGCAUAAGCAUUUAUCUGCAAGCAUUAAAUCACAGUGUAACAAAUCAAGUGAUGGCGGUAUAGAGGGACUUACUACUGGCUUAUCAAACCUCUGCUUGGGUAGUGGUGUCAGUGAGACUGAAGGGACUCUCAGUAGAGAUCAGCUGUCAAGUCUGUCCAACAACAUAGACGGUUCAGCAGAGAACCCCACGUUACUGCAAAACCCUCAAAAUGCUUUCCAGACUCUUUCUCAAUGUUACAUAACUAGUUCUAAAGAAUGUUCAGUUCAGUCAUGCCUCUACCAGUUUACAUAUGUGGAGCUCUUAAUGGGAAACAACAAACUUUUGUGUGAGAACUGUACGGAACGGAAACAGAAGCACCAGAAGAAAGGAAAUUUCACAGAAAAGAAAAUAGAAGGUGUAUAUACAAAUGCCAGAAAGCAGCUGUUGAUUUCUUCAGUUCCUGCUGUUCUUGUUCUCCAUCUGAAAAGAUUUCAUCAGGCUGGUAUGAGUCUAAGGAAAGUAAACCGUCAUGUGGAUUUCCCUCUUGUUUUGGACUUGGCUCCGUUUUGUUCUGCUUCUUGCAAGAAUGUGGCAGAUGGUGGGAAAGUUCUCUAUUCUCUUUAUGGAAUAGUGGAGCAUAGUGGGUCCAUGCGAGGAGGUCACUAUGCAGCAUAUGUGAAAGUCAGAGCACCAUCUAAAAAGAUUUUGGAGCACAUUUCUAGCAACAGAAAUGUUCAAGGUUUGAAAGACUCUGUAGGAGCCACUGUAGGACAGUGGGUCUAUGUCAGUGAUACCCAUGUACAAGCAGUUACAGAAUCAAGAGUAUUAAAUUCACAAGCUUACUUGCUUUUCUAUGAAAGAAUACUGUAGCUGUAAUCAAUACUGAAAGUCUAAGUUAUUUUUGUGUUUUCUUAAAUGCAGCAGUACAUGUAAAUAUUGUGCUUUUAUCUGUUCUCUAAUACAAAAUUUACCAUGAUUUCUUACUUUAAAAACAAUGCCUUGCGUUCUGAGAAGCUGGUGCAUGCACAAAGCACCUAGAUGCACACAUAAGUAGGGUAGCUUACUAUGCUGAUUGGCAGCUGCCCAUCAAACAGCAGAGGGUGCAGUUUCAGCACCCUGUGUUGCUGCUUUUGGAAGGGGCAUGUUGAGCUGCCACCAGAGUGGAGGACCAGAAAAUCACCUCGUGUAAGUGGAAAUAACUUCAUGUUUCUCUGAAUAUAAGCCCACAUGCUCAUUAUUUAAAUCCCCAAAAUGCAUUUGAAACAAUGUGCUUGGAAACUGAAUACUGUAGUGAAAUUUCAGUUUCGGAUAAGCAAAAUUUUAAAAAACAUGAAUUGAGAAAUGAACUGGA